UAUAAAUAGCAGCUACCUCUCCCCAGCAGGCAGGGACCAGCAGCUCUGCUCCACUGGAACUCAGCACCAUGAAGCUAUUCACGGGCCUCAUUUUCUGCUCCUUGGCCCUGGGUGUCAGCAGCCAAUGGUACGCUUUCUUCGGUGAGGCUGCUCAAGGGGCUUGGGACAUGAUGAGAGCCUACUCUGACAUGAUAGAAGCCAAUUACAAAAAUUCCGACAAAUACUUCCAUGCCCGGGGCAACUAUGAUGCUGCACAAAGGGGCCCUGGGGGCGUCUGGGCUGCUGAAAAGAUCAGCGAUGCUAGAGAGAAUUUGCAGAGAGUCACAGACCUUUUUAAGUAUGGAGACAGCGGCCACGGAGCGGAGGACUCGAAGGCUGACCAGGCUGCCAAUGAAUGGGGCCGCAGUGGCGGAGACCCCAACCACUUCCGACCCCCUGGCCUGCCCGACAAGUACUGAGCUUCCUCCUUGUUCUGCCCUCAGGAGACGGGCUGUGAGUCCCUUGAGGGCAGGGUCACCCCGUCACUGAGUACUCUGUCCCCGGAGGCUGGUGGAGGGCACCUAAAAUGUCUAAUAAAUGCUUGAGGAGAUUGUCGAAAAGUCUGUCA